UUUCGCUAAGAUCACGAACAGCCGAAACAUACUCACGAACACUCGAGUAGGUUUCUUACAACAACCUUUUAACCUUUCAUAAGGUUUCUGAAGUACUACUGGCUUUUAAAAUGAAACUUACCGAGGAAACACGAAACUUCGGAGGUGUUCGGCAAAGCAUUCGGCCCUGGGAGGGGUGGUAGGCUGCAGGUUUAUAUGUCCCGGAUUUAAAAUAAAUAUUUGGCGCGAAAGGCUGGAGUCGCUGGAGUCGAGUUGUCAGCUCGCAUUUGUGUCGUAGAAAUAUAAAGCUAUCAAUGGAAGAAAAGGUACUUUCGAACCUAGCUCAAAAGUUAGGCAUCCAUCAGCCUCAAGUCCUUCAAAAUGCUUUAGAAUUAUCAAGACUGACUUCACUGCGAGCAUCGAGAGCCUGCCGAUCAAUGAGUUUAAAURGCUCAGCAAAGUCAGUGAUCUGCUUAGAGCUCGCUGCAAACAGUUGCAAUGUUCCUCUAGAUAAGGCUUGUACAUUCAGGCUGUCUGGAAUGCCAACCAAGAAAGCAUAUCAACAUGCUUAUAAAACAUUUGAGUGYUUGCUAGGGAAGCAAAAAUCCUACUCUGUCCAUGAUCUUGCAGUUCACUUUGGAGUGCCUGAAAUGUCAAAGUUUUCACAGCAUUUGCUGAAAAGCUAUCAAGAACAGUUUGUUACACAGAUUCAAGAGAAUCUCAGUAAUCCAGUUUUUGCUGCUGCUGCCCUAUAUACUACCUGCAGAUUACAGAAAGUCAAAAUAGAAAAGUCCAAGUUGUUAGCCCUUCUCAGUGUAAAAAAAUCUCAGUUUGACAAACUCACUGAUGAGAUGAAUAAACUAUCAAAAGAAAAAAUAAGAGAUACAGCAAGUAGUGGCUCAAAAAGAUCUCAUGGAUUGAUUGACAGACUUCAAGAAGCUGUGGAAGAAAAUUGUAAAACAGCAAAGAGACAAAAGCAUUGURAAGACACUGAAGAAAUUUCCAAGACAGACGAUUAUGAGGAGUGGAAAAAACAGAUACUUUUACAAGCAGCUAAAUCAAAGUCAAGCUGACAUACACRACAAAGUAGAAUUGCCAGAUUUAUCAGAUUUUUAAUAAAGUUUUUUUUGWAAUUUUAAACAUUUAAAAAAAUGUUUUGUAGAUAUUUUUGUAUCAAAUUUUCUUCAGAAGAUUUUAUUGAAUAGAUAUAAUGAUAACUAAUGUAGACUAGCCUGUGAAACCAGGCAUUCAAGAUCUCUCAGAGAAGCUACAAACUCCUGUUAAUCCCCAACAUACUAUAGGACAAAUUAAUCCCCAACAUACUAUAGGACAAAUUAAUCCCCAACAUACUAUAGGACAAAUUAAUCCCCAACAUACUAUAGGACAAUUAUGAAAUAAGAACCUCUUAUAGACUUUUCCUCUUAACAUUUCCAUGCAACCAUGGUCUAACACCCAAUCGGAAUGCUGUCAAAGCUAUAUCUAUUUCAUAAGUGAGAACAUUCUAAUCUCUAUGCUACAACAAGGCCUAGAAGAAAAGUGUAAUUAUUUGUAUUGCAACAUUUUAAAUAAAUCAUUUCUAAAGUA